GAGUUGAAGAGAGACAAUGCGUGUACUCAUAAUUUUCCUGGGCUUCGGCCUUUUGUUGGCUGAUGCAGCCAGCAAUAAAGAACGAUCUGCCAUCGUAGGAGGAUCAGUGGCAGUAUUUAGCCAAUAUCCAAGCAUCGCGUCCCUACUGUACUCACCCAGUGCCACCAACUAUAAACAAGCGUGUGUAGGCUCUGUUUUGACUACCAGGUCUAUUUUAACAGCUGCUCACUGCGUGUACGCUGAUGCGGCUUAUAAAUGGCGUGUUAGAGUUGGCUCCAACUGGGCCAAUAGUGGCGGCUCCGUUUACACUUUGGGUACUAUAACCAGUUACCCGAACUUCAGCCUCCGCUCUCUGGACAAUGAUAUAGCGAUUUUGCGUACCAAUGGUCUUAUUGCCUUCAAUAACGUCAUCCGGCCCGCGUCCAUUGCUGGUAGUAACUAUCAACUUGCCGAUAAUCAGGUUGUCUGGUCUGUUGGAUGGGGAAGAGCUUCCGUUGGAUCCUCUCCGUCUGAGCAGCUUCGACAUGUGCAGAUGUGGAUUAUCAACCAAAGUAAUUGUGCUGCCCGCUACGCUGCCGUAGGAAAUAAUGUCACCGGCAACAUGUUGUGCUCUGGUUGGCCAUACGGUGUUAGCGGCUACUGCCAGGGAGACGAAGGUGGCCCGCUGUACCACAACGGCGUUUUAGUAGGGCUCAGCUCGUGGGGCUACGGCUGUGUCAACUCCAUGUAUCCUGGGGUUAACACUCGUAUUUCUCGCUAUACAAGUUGGAUACAAACAAACGCAUAAACUUUGGAAAAUCUUGAGCAGUCGUAUUUUGUACUUUAAUAUUUAUAAACAUUAUACGUAUUUAUCGGGUAACCCGAUAAAUAUGCGUGAGCGUGAGUAAAUCGUGGUUAUUAUGCUAAUUUUUAAAACUGCAACGAAAUAUAUAUUUAUGUGGUAUACACGGUGAUUUUUUAGUCGUCUUACAAAAUCAGCCCAGUUCAUGUAUCCGACG